GUUCCACUUUUCCGGUACCAAACGUCACCUUCUUCCCAGCUUCCUCCUCCGUCCACCCACGCCGCCGACGCGCCUCCGCCGGUCCGGUCUACAUAUACCAGCGCCCUCGCCAUCCCCCAUUUCCUUCCUCCCCAACCCGCCAUUUUCCGUCCUCACCGAGACGGUUCCCAUCCCCGCGCAUCUGCCUCUGCCGUCUCCGCCCGGUGCCAUCUUCUUCGCUCACUCCGCGCAGGCCAACUAAUCUUUCUGAUCGGCCGGCCGGUCGAAAUGGGCCACGAGGGAGCCAAGUACGGCGACGACGGCCGCCCCACCUGCGACUGCCUCCUCUUCGACCUUGAUGACACGCUCUACCCGGUGGGAUCAGGCAUCGGCCUCGACGUCAUGAAGAACAUCCAAGAAUACAUGGUCGAGAAGCUCGGCAUCGACAAGAGCAUCAGCCACGAGCUCUGCAUCCUGCUGUACAAGCAGUACGGAACCACCAUGGCCGGUCUGCGGGCUGUCGGGUACCAGUUCGACUACGAUGAUUUCCACGGCUUUGUUCAUGGAAGGUUGGCCUACGAAAAGCUCAAGCCUGACCCUGUGCUCAGGAACAUCCUUCUGAGCCUACCAAUCCGCAAACUCGUGUUCACGAAUGGUGACAGGCUCCAUGCUUCGAGGGCCAUGAAGAGGCUUGGGAUCGAGGACUGCUUUGAGGGAGUUCUGUGCUUUGAGACAUUGAACCCGCCACCGCCCACUCCUGCGCCAGCCAGCAAAGUUGAGAUCUUUGAUAUAAUGAAGCACCUGGCUCAUCCGGAGCCUGGGGUUGAGCUGCCAAGGUCACCAAUCCUGUGCAAACCGAAUAUAGAUGCAAUGCUGCAUGCCCUCAAGCUUGCCGACAUCAAUCCUCAGACUACUAUAUUUUUUGAUGACAGCGUCAGGAACAUCCAGGCCGGGAAGCAAAUCGGAAUGCACACUGUCCUGGUUGGAACUUCUGAAAAGAUUAAAGGUGCUGACCAUGCCUUGGAAAGCCUCCACAACAUGAAGGAAGCGUUUCCAGAACUGUGGGAGGAGGCUGUGAAGGAUGAGGACGUCAGGAAAUCGAGCAAAGUUGGAAUCGAGACAUCGGUGAUCGCUUAAAAUCCCUCAUGAACUGACUCAUGGUUUUGGGCAAAGGGCACAUGAGACGACCAGAUCCAGUAUCUGUUUGUCUGACAGUAGACAUGCUGAUUAGACCAAGAGAAAAUUGUUGUAAUCGUUAAGGGAACUGAUGCCACUUUCGUUAUGUUUGUCCCUUGUAAUAAGAAAUAAAAUGUUCUGAACCUCGCUGUAACUCCGUUCACGGGGCAAUAGACCUGCUAUGCUAGUACUAUUUGACAUUA